AUGGUCAUCACUUCCAAAUCACAGUCCCUUAACUUUACUCUAAGUCUCUUUGGAAUCCUUCAUUUCUUAAUCUUCUUAACACCCUCGCAAGCCACCACUCAUCGUCUCAUUCACCGCGAUUCCCCUUUAUCUCCCUUCUACCACCCCACAACCACCCCCUCUCAUCGCCUCCACAAUGCUUUCCAACGCUCAUUGAACCGCAUCAACAGUUUCAAACUUGCUGUAGCUAACCCUAACAAUGGCAACACACAAGCCCCUGUGAAACCAGGUGGUGGUGAAUACCUCAUGACAAUUUUCAUUGGAACUCCACCAGUGCAGGUAAUUGGCAUAGCUGACACAGGUAGUGACCUCAUAUGGACACAAUGUCUGCCAUGCAUACAUUGUUACCCCCAAACUAUUCCUCUCUUCAAUCCUCAGCAUUCCAAAUCGUACAACACACUACCGUGCCGAUCUACAUUUUGCAACCCAAGAUAUGUUGAUCAUCCUCGAUGUGGCAUUAAUAGCACAUGUUGGUAUCGUUAUUCUUAUUUCGAUGGUUCUCACACUGCGGGAAACCUUGCCUCUGAAACCUUCACCUUAGGCACCACAAACCCUAUUUCACUUCCAAAUACUCUAUUCGGGUGUGCACACGACACUACUGGCAUUUUUGAUAAGUCAGGGUCAGGCAUCAUUGGUCUUGGUCGGGGAAGGUUUUCACUAAUUUCUCAACUAAAUGGUUCCAAAAUGUUCUCUUAUUGUCUAACUCCCAAUACCUUAAACUCCACUAGCAAGCUUAGUUUCGGUGAAGAUUCUGUGGUUUCUGGUCCUGAAGUUGUCACAACUCCUUUUGUUACCACUGGUACUUCUACUUCAUACCACAUCACAGUGGAGGCUUUAAGUGUUGGGAAAACGAGGAUUCCGUUUGUGAACAAGAGUGGCAUUGAAGGAAAUGUGAUCAUUGAUUCUGGGACAACCUAUACUUUUCUGCCAUUAGGUGUUUAUAAUGGUUUGGUAUCUGCUUUGAAUAACAUAAUAAGGGCUAAAAAGGGGCGUGACCCCAACGGUAUUCUUACCCUUUGUUAUCAGACUACUGCUGACAAAAUCAGGCUUCCCAUUAUCACAGCACAUUUUAAGGGAGGGGAUGUGAAGUUACAGCCAGUGAAUACAUUCUCUUGGGUGAGGAAGGAUGUGGUAUGUUUGACAAUGAUUCACAAUGACAAUACAGUUUUUGGAAACAUGGCUCAGACGAAUUUCUUAGUAGGAUUUGACCUUGAGGCUAGUACUGUGUCCUUUAAGCCCACUGAUUGUUCCCUUCAAUAA